UUUACAUAUCUAAAACAUGUGCCAUAUUUUUCAGAAUUUGGCAUUUUUACUGUACACUGCUACCUUGGGUAAGGCAUAUUUUACUUUAAUUGCUCUGAAUGGCAAGAGAAAGGACUCAUGUAUGUUGUAAGUGAGGUAUAUAGUUACCAUGCUACAAGGAGACCCAACCUCAAUAUGACCUUGGCUGUUCAGGGGUCGAUGAAAUAAUUUAAUAUAAAUUAAUUUUACGAAACUAUGUUUUGCUGCCAAUUAGGCUAAUCAGCUACAAUUUCAAUGACGUCAUCAAUCUUGACGUACCCCGCCAAUUUGCAUUGCUAGCUAUUUUUGCAGGCCAUGCGGCCAUCCUAAUGUUUGCAAGCUGAUGGACCGACGACCAAGGUCACCAUAACCAACACGCCAGCAUCGGUGAUCAACACUCAACACACAGCAAAUCCAGGUGGGGGCGUGCUUCAACACAGACUGGCCACCACUGUGUCUCAACUUAAAAUAAAUGGAUGGGCUGAUGGCACCAAAACAACGAACAAGGCACAACUUGCGUGUUACCUAGAAUUCUGUGAUAAACUGAACAGUACACCUCUUCCAGUGUCUCUGUAUACUAUUUCCAUAUACAUUGCAGAUAUGGUAGACAUACGUGGCUUCCACUACAGUACUAUUCAGAAUUAUCUAACCAUUGUCAAACAUUUACAUUGUGCUGAGGGGCUACAGGAUCCUCUAAAAGGUGACUGGAUCAUCCAACAUGUCUUAAAAGGGGCCAAAUGCGAGUUGGGUGAUGCUCAAAAGGGUGCUGCCCCUAUUACCCCACAUCUGCUUUUGUGUAUCCUUCAGGGACUGGAUUUUACACAGAUUCUGGACCCUUUUGGAUGGGAUGUUUGAUUGGUGUUUUUACCCCCCAUCACGCCCUGGAAAUUUCCUUACACAUGGAGUUUUUGACAAUACUAGGGACUUGUGUAUAAGUAACAUUACCUGUCACUCAAGUGGCGGGUUUGUGAUCUCUCUGAACUGGUCAAAAACUAUCCUAAUGUUUGCAACCCUCCCUCCUUAUUCCCAGUAGAAUUAUUAACAGGAGGAGAGGCACGACUUUUGACAUUGUUUAUAUAUUACAAGCAUUUCUUUGUAUCCAAUGUCAAUUAUUGGAUAUAUAUUUACUUGUGUCUUAUUUGAUUCAUUACAUUGUAGUUGAUAUAUCAAUAUAGCAUAUCUAUUAUUAUAAAAUGAUUAGUCAGCAUCUGUUACAUGUCAUUUUAAGUCUUGAUGCAUUUGUAGCCUAAGGGAGACAAUCAUUAAUACUGUAGCAUGUUAAUGUAAGGGAGACAAUCAAUUUUUGAAUUACAUGUACAAAAUGUACCUAUAAUUAUACGGUCAUUUAUUUAAACCAAUCUAUUUCCUGUAUUUUGAUACCUGAUGCAAUUAGCAAUAAAAUUUAGAAUACCUAGUACUUGUUUUUGUAUUACUAUCUCACUGUGUAGUAAACAAACAAAUCCUUUCACAUUAAUUAUAUAAGUGACUUCAAUUUGGCCAAUAAGAUUGUCUUAUAAUUAAUUAAUUGGUGUCAGUUAAAAAUGAAUGAAAUGCGUUAUUGUAUAAUUACGAAAUGUAUAUCAGUUGAUAUUGACAAUAUCCUUAUCAUCAGACAGGGGAGGUUAUUCCGAUGCCAGUUCCUUCCAGUUACAACGAUAUCACACAGGAGAAGAAGAUCCGUGAUUUUGUGGGCUGGGCCUGGUAUGACAGAGAUUUUUUCCUGCCUCAGGAGUGGACUUCUAAGCGUGUUGUACUUCGUGUGGAUAGCGCCCACUACAAUGCUAUUGUGUGGGUCAACUCCAUAAAACUUGUUCAACACGAGGGAGGUCACUUACCAUUUGAAGGGGAGAUAACUCGCGGGGACAUACCCGUUAAAUUUGGAAGUGGCAACAGAGUGACAAUAGCCAUCAACAACACAUUGACUCCCACAACCCUUCCACCUGGAACCAUACAGUACCAACAUGAUAUUAACAGAUAUCCUGAGGGUUAUUUUGUCCAGAAUUUACAAAUGGAUUUCUUUAACUAUGCUGGAUUACACCGCCAUGUCCAACUUUAUACCACGCCGAAGUCUUACAUAGAGGAUGUAAUCAUUGUCACGAGUCUGCAGGGCCUGAACGGCCUGGUGAAGUACACAGUGGUCACUAGCGGUCAGCCAGGAAAUGUCCGGUUACGUGUAGAGGUCAUUGACCGUGAAGGACAAGUGGUGGGACACAGUAACCUGUUUCAGGACACCAUUACAGUGGACAGUGGUCACUUCUGGUGGCCGUACACAAUGAACAGUUCACUUCCGGGAUACCAAUACACGUUUAAGAUAAACUUGACCUUCCUGAGCAGUGGAGUGUCUGAUGUCUAUCGCCAAAAAUUUGGUAUUCGUGAGGUCAAGGUCACCGAUAAACAGCUGUUGAUAAAUGACCAGCCAUUUUACUGCCAUGGAGUGGCAAAGCACGAAGACUCUGACAUAAGAGGUAAAGGACUGGACUUCGCUCUCAUUGCUAAAGACUUUAACCUACUGAAGUGGCUCGGAGCUAACUGUUUCCGGACAUCACACUACCCCUACGCGGAGGAGAUCAUGGACAUGGCUGACGAGCAAGGCAUUGUGGUCAUUGACGAGAGUCCAGGUGUCGGAAUCAGAAAAGCUAACAACUUUGGCAAUUUGUCCUUGGCACACCAUCUCAAGGUCAUGGAUGAGAUGUACAGGCGUGACAAAAACAGACCAGCGGUCAUCUUGUGGUCAGUUGCCAAUGAACCGGACACCACACAUGAUAACUCUAUAUAUUACUUCAAAACUCUUCUGUCUCAUGUGAAGUCUAUUGACAGUUCGAGACCAGUUACUUUUGUUGCCAACUCUGACUUCAGCACGGACAAAGUGGCCCAGUACACAGACAUCAUCUGUCUGAACCACUACAAUGCCUGGUACCAGGACUGCUCUCACACAGAGCUCAUACAGAGACAAUUGACCUACGACCUCCGCCAGUGGUACGCGAAAUAUCACAAGCCUAUUAUGAUAACGGAGUACGGGGCCGAUACAAUUGAGGGUUUUCACCAGGAUCCGUCUAUCGUGUUCACAGAAGAGUUCCAGGUUGAAUUUAUGACAGAAUAUCACAAAACAUUUGACAAUUUGCGACAAGAAUUCCUCGUCGGAGAAAUGGUUUGGAAUUUUGCAGAUUUUAUGACAGCGCAAGGCAUCACAAGGGCUUUUGGCAAUCGGAAAGGAAUAUUUACUCGACAACGAAGACCAAAGAUGUCCGCUCACCUGCUGCGAUCUAGGUACCAGGGAAUGAUAAACAGCUGUCGGCCAUAAAGAUUCACCACCUUAGACAGGAUACCUACCUCUAAAAUAUUAUAUCCAGAUAGCCACACUGUGAAGGAGUUUAAGAACUAAUGCUAGCGCAUUAGCAAACACAAUUGACUGGGUUUUUUCAUGAAUCAAAUAGGACGAUAUCAUGCAUACUUGCCAACAUUCCCGAUUUAUUCUGGACUUUCCCGAUUUCAGACUCCCUGCCCGGUCUCCUGAUUGUAUUCAUCAAAUAUAGGGUAGUCUCCCGAUUUUAGUGAACCUGUCUUGAUAACCCCGCAUAGAUGUGGAACUCCUAGUUUUGUCAAUAUGACGGUAAUGCUUGCCUGCUUGCUCUAAGCAUAUAUGUAGGACAUUGGUCAAUUAAUAAAUUAAACAGUUUGACUUUUUCUGUGAUAUCUGAAAUGUCUGCUAAGUGUACAUGCAAGUGCUCGUCGAUCCACUUACUUGGGAAGCGUUUAGGUAUUUCUGCAUAAAUAUAGCCUAAAAUAAGAGAAACACCAAAAUGGACUUUAAUUUAUAACAGAUGACUUGUGAUAUUAGUCAGCAAAAAUGGCCUACUGAGUUCUAUUUGGACACUGCUAAUUAUGAGUCCAUUUGGAGACUGAACAAUAGUACCCAUUUGGUAUGUAGGUAUAAAUAAUAGGAUCAUUUUUCUGGGACUUCACUUCAUUGCCACCAAUCCCUGCCAUGUUAGUACUUCUAGUAACAAUUUAUCAAGAGGACCAUAUAUUUAUAAUUACAAUUUAUCAAGAGGGACAUAUAUUUACAAAUAUCUUAUUCUCGUGUCACCAGCCAGUUACAUACAGAGUUAUGUCCCUUAGUCCAUGCACGGUUUAUGAUCUACUGUGAUCAGUAUGUGGAUUAGAUGUUGAAAAUAUUUUCAUAUUUGGGAUGAAUAUUAAUGUACGCGUGACUGAUAGGAUUCAUAUGACAGUUGUCUCCCUUGAGGGUGUGUGACUUCAUAAAAGAAUACCUUCAGUUCGUGUCAAAGACUUAUCUCCCUGACAUCACUUGACAACUUCAAAAAAGCCUUUGUCUUUUACAAUUUCCUUGAAAUGUAAAACGAAUCCUCAUUCCUGUUCUUAUGUGCAUGGUGUUUUUCUCAGGAAAGACUUGUGAUCGAAUUAUUCCUUGUAAGUAUUACAUCAAUUAAAACGUUUUUUUCAUGUACAAAAAUUCUUGAAAAAUGAAAUAAAAAACACCUAAAAAAUUGGA